UCUCUUCUCUUCUCUCUCUCUCUCUCUCUCUCUCCACCGAGUCACUGACUCGUCAAGUACGGAAGCUCCGAUUCCGCCUCGAGUCCAACUCAAUUAGCUCGAUCGAAGAAGAUGUGUAGCACCUUCGCCGCCGCCGCAGACUCCUCCAUCUCCGGCGACGGUGACUCCCCCGCCGCCGGCGAGAUUAUGCUGUUCGGCGUUAGGGUGGUGGUGGACUCCAUGAGGAAAAGCGUCAGUAUGAACAAUCUGUCGCAGUACGUGCAUCCUCAAGAUGACUCCAACAACAACAAAGACGCUGCCUUCUCCGCCACCGGUUACGCGUCCGCCGACGACGCCGCUCCUCUCAACUCCGGCAAGAACCGCGAGCGCGAGCGCAAGCGAGGUGUUCCCUGGACGGAGGAAGAGCACAAGCUAUUCCACUACGUCAAGACUCGGACGCCCACGCAGGUCGCCAGCCAUGCUCAGAAGUACUUCCUCCGCCGGAGCAAUCUCAACCGCCGUCGGCGCAGAUCCAGCCUCUUUGACAUCACCACCGAUUCGGUCUCUUCGAUCCCAAUGGAGGAAGAACAGAUCCAGAACGGAGACAUUGUGCCUCAUUCACAGCCUCUGUGCCCUGCAGCCCCUGAGAAUAGCAACACCAAUGGAUUUCCAAUGGUGCCCGUGUAUCCGUUGGGGGUUGGUCCAGGUGUGAUUUCAUCAGUCGAAGCUGGGAAUCCAAUGGAUGAACUAACUCUAGGACAGGCAAACAUGGAGCUUAAUGCGCAAACCAAGCUACUCCAUCCGAUUCCUGUUGCUUCAAAUCCUAAAACCUGCACCGUGUCUGAUGUUGCCUCCGGCUCUAAUUCGCCCCUCGACUUGCCAACACUGUCCCUGGGACUAUCCUUCACAUCUGAUCAAAGACAGACUCCAUCAAGACAUUCGGCUUUCCAUUCGAUUCCGAGUUUAAAUAACGGAGAUAGCGUCAUAAGUGUUGCUUGAUAGACAUGAUGUCUCUCAUGGUUAUUAUAAAGUCCAUGUCUAGAGCAUCUUGGAUUCACAGAUAGAAGAUGUUUUAUUAUUGGGAUAAGUUAAGAGAAAGAUGUUGAAGGAAAAGGGCGAUGGAUUAGAGAAGGCAAAAUGCAAAAGCUUAGGUUAAUGAACUAAAUUUAAUCCUUCUGUUCCUUGUACAGAGUACAGACCCCGGGUCCAGUUCCUUCUUUGUUUGCUUAUGUUAAUGUUUAUGACCUUAUUAGAUUCCUGUUUGUCUAGCCGUUUGUGCUUUGUAGUUUGAUGUAACUCAAAAUAACGAAGUACUCUACUCUACUA